UGCCAUGCUUGCAUUGAAUUGGUACCUCGUAAGAACACACUCACUCUCGAGUGCCGACCCGACAAGCAUACGUACUGUCGCCCUUGCCUCGUCGACCUCUUUACGAGUGCCAUAGUCAACACCACACUAUUCCCUCCUCGGUGCUGCAAAACACCGAUCCCGCUCGACAUCUGCCGCGCGAUUCUACCAGAGAAGCUUAUCAAAGACUUUGACUCGAAGGUCGAAGAACUCGCGACUCCAAAUCCGACAUAUUGUUCAAGUUCGGACUGCUCGAAGUUCAUUCACCCCAACAAUAUCAAGGCUGAUAUAGCAAGUUGUGUCUACUGCAAGGAGAAGACAUGUGUACGUUGCAAGCUCAAGGGGCACCAAGGUCUCUGUCCCAGCGAUCCGCACGUGCAGCUCCUCAUGGAUGUUGCGAGGCGAGGAAAGUGGCAGCAGUGCACAAAAUGCAAGACUAUGAUUGAGCUGGCCCAAGGAUGCUUUCAUAUGAGUAGGUGUCGUUGCUCUCACGAGUUCUGCUACCUCUGUGGCGUGAAAUGGAAGACGUGCACUUGUCCG